AUGACUGCCGGUGAUAUCAAUUUAGCGAAGUCAUCCGACGCUAACAAGAAGCCCUUGAUCAAAGAUGGCCACUUGUUUGUACUUAUCCAUGGUCUAUGGGGAUCUCCAAAUCACAUGAGUACCAUUGAAGAGCUCAUUCAACGCUUGCUUCCAUCAAGUACAAGCGAUAAGAUUUGCACACUUCGACCUCUGAGCUUUGCGUUUUGGAAGACGUACGAUGGUAUUCAAUACAUCUCCCAGCGGGUACUACAAGAGAUAUUUUUCGAAAUCGAAGCACUUCAAAAGGAUUUGGUGAAGGUGGUCAAAAUCUCCAUUAUUGGCUACUCCUUGGGUGGCUUGAUUGCUAGAUGCGUUAUAGGAUUACUUUACGAUUUGGACUUUUUCACAAACGUGAAACCGGUGAUUUUCACAACUUUUGCCACCCCUCACGUUGGAGUUCAAUUCUUCAAAGAAAACCUCUUUGAUUACACGGCGAAUCGUCUUGGUCCAUUCAUGUUCGGUCAGACAGGGAAGGAGUUAUUUAUUCGAGACUCAAAUCGGUUACUUGCUGAUAUGGCAAAUCCAUCAUUAUCGUAUUAUAAGGGAUUGGCAUUGUUUGAGUUGCGAAUCGUUUUGAGCAACGUUAAGAACGAUCGGACGGUCCCAUUCUAUACGUCAUUCAUCACAGAGUAUUCUCCUUUUGACAAUUGGAAGUACGUCAAAAUCAAAUAUAUCAAAGACCUUCCUGAAGCCACAAUUGGCAAAGCCAAAGUCAGACCAAAGUUUGUUGAUAUGCGUCGAACCCGCAAUCUCUCUCCUGAAGAAGCCCAAGUGUUCCGAGGUAACAUCCAAGAAGAAACCCUGAUGAUUCGACGCAAUCGUGUUCUUCGUUUUAGUAGUUUGGUGAUGAUUGUGUGCGUGUUCUUGCCUGUAUGGAUACCAACAGUAUUGUGUACCUCUUUUCUUGUGUCAAUCUUCAGUGUGGGUCAAGUCAGAUUUCUCAAAAAACUCAAUUCUCUGCACCAUUGGCUGCAAAUCAAGUCACUGGUCUAUGACGGCAAGCUGAACGUCGACAUUGAAAACGUCAACCAGGGAGUGGUGAAUCGGGUUGAAAGAGGACGCUUGUCACGUCAGGGAUCUUUCAAAGGUGAGACUCUGGAAAUGACUGAAAACACGUUGGAAGGAAUCAUGUACGCCAGAGAACAACUAAAACAGUCUACUGAGCCCAAUAUGGAUGACGAUGAUAGCGAUGAAUCUUUGGAGAACGAAAUUACGAACAUUGGUGAGAUCAAUAUCAAAACAAAUGAUGAUACUGUGGCCAAGUGUAUACACGAUCUCAAGUUACAACAAGAAAACAUAAGUAUUUUCACUGACGCCAGUCGGCUCAAACUUGAGGAUUUCAAGCGAGACAUUAUCAAGAAUCUCAACACCCUUGAUUGGAUCAAAAUACCUGUCUUCAUUGAUGCUUGGAAUUCGCACGAUGGUAUAGUUGCUAGGCGUGGACCAAAGACAAAUCCCAAGGGUACGUCUACCAUUGGGUUAUGGUGCUCAAUUCUUCGGCGUCAUUUGAAACAGGAAAGCAUGUAA